GGGCCGCCAGUAACGGCCGGGGCGGGGCCGCGGUGAGGAGAGUCCGGCGGGAGCCGCCCCAUGAGCCCGCCCGGAGGCGGUGCCUUCAGACCCCAGCUUGAGUCUCCCCGCCCCAACCCCGAGAUGGCUGAGUCCGAUCCUGGGGACAGAAACUAUGACAACAUGCUGAAGAUGCUGUCCGACCUCAACAAGGACCUGGAGAAACUGCUGGAGGAGAUGGAGAAGAUAUCGGUUCAGGCGACCUGGAUGGCCUACGACAUGGUGGUGAUGCGCACCAACCCUGCCUUGGCAGACUCCAUGCGGCGGCUGGAAGAUGCCUUCUUAAACUGCAAGGAGGAGAUGGAGAAGAACUGGCAGGAACUGCUGAAUGAAACCAAGCCCAAGCAAUAGGCCAUUCCCUCCUCACCAACCCCCCCCCCCCACUGGGCCUCCGGGACUCAGAUGCCUCGAGAAGAGGAUUGGGAAGUAGGGACCCCAAGCUAUAGAUGUAUGUACAGGAGUGCUCACUGCCCAAUGAAGGUAUUUUCAAGCACA